AUGCCUUUCCUUGGAGGUGACAUCAGCCCAUUGAUGCUCUCAGUCCAGAACCUUGACCAAAGCAUUCUGCGGGUCAAGAUUGGGGCGCCAGAUCGCUGGGAGGUGCCUCAGGACCGGCUCUUCACCAGCACUGCCAAAGGUACAUUGCAGGGGUCACCAAAGUACACACUGCAGUACAGUGCCUCCCCCUUCAUAUUUGCUGUUUCCCGUUCGGAUGGCAGCUCAACAGAGCCUCUUUUCAACACUGGUGGAAGCCGCUUGGUAUUUAAGGACCAGUAUUUGGAGAUUUCUUCCAAGAUCCUCUCCACCACAACACUCUAUGGCCUAGGCGAACACACUAGCAGCACAGGAUUUGCUUUGAGGAGGGACGGACAGCCAUACACACUCUGGACACGAGACCAGCCACCAAAUGUGCCCAACCUGAACAGCUACAGCUCUCAUCCUUUCAUCAUGGAUGUGCGAAAAGGUGGGACCUGUGGACAGGCACAUGGCGUGCUGCUGCUCAAUAGCAAUGGCAUUGAUGUUGUGCUAACCAAGACCAAGAUGCAAUUCAGAGCCAUUGGAGGCGUCCUGGACUUAUACUUCUUCAUGGGUCCCACACCUCUGGAGGUUCUUGCUCAGCUAACCAGCAUUAUAGGACGCCCUGUGAUGCCCCCUUACUGGAGCAUGGGUCUGCAGCAGAGCAAGAAUGGCUACCUGACACUGGACUACUGCGAGCGCGUGGUGCAGAACUACACCCUGAGUGGCAUCCCGCUGGAAACCUUUGUCACAGACAUACCCUACAUGAACCAUCUGCAGAUCUUCACCCUGAGCACAGAUUACCCUCUGCCAGAAUUCCAGGCCUUUGUCAAACGACUGCAUGCUGCCAAUCAGCGAUGGGUACCAAUACUGGAUCCCCAGGUCCACAUCAAAGAGGGCUAUGAGCCAUAUGAUACUGGCAUCCAGCAGAAUGUCUUUGUGAAGGACAUUGCGGGCGGCAACUAUGUUGGUCAGCUGUGGCCUGGAGCUGUGCAUUACCCGGAUUUCUUUAACAAUGCUACUGUGAGCUGGUGGACAUCUCUCAUACAAGGGCUUCAUAACCAGCUCCCUUUUGAUGGGCUCUGGAUUGACAUGAAUGAGGCCAGCAACUUCUGUACUGGAGAUGUUUGCAGUGACCCCGGCAAUAUCGAGGACAACACUGACUUCGUAUGUCUGCUUUCCUGCUCGGAUGGCACCAGUGCUGCAGGGUCCAAUGCUGCAGGACUGCCCUCCGCAGGCAUCUUCAACCCUCCAUACCUGAUCAACAACAAUGGGACACAGCUGGACAUCAAAACAAAGACCCUUCCAGUGAGCGCACGCCAUGCUGAUGGGACACUGGAGUACAAUGCCCACAAUGUGUAUGGACUGUCCAUGGCUAUUGCCACAACACAGGCUCUCAAGACUGUCCGGCAGAAGCGGCCCUUCACUCUGACUAGGUCCACAUUUGUAGGAUCUGGUGCAUACGCAGCACAUUGGACUGGUGACACUGCCAGCUCUUGGGAUGAUCUGAAAUGGGGCCCUGGGAUGAUGAUGGCAAAUGGGAUGUCUGGCAAUGCAUUCAUCGGGGGCGACAUCUGUGGCUUCCAAUUUGUCGCCACAGAGGAGCUUUGUGCUCGAUGGGCUGCAGCAGGAGCCUGGCAGCCAUUUGCUCGCAAUCACCAUGCUGAGGGCUUCCAAGAAUUCUACUUGUACCCCAAUGUGAGCGCAGUGGCCAAGAAGGUGUUCACAUGGCGGCUGCGAGUGAUGCCAUACCUGUACACAGCGUUCUAUGAUGCGCACACAUUCGGCUGCAGCAUCAUGCGCCCCCUCUUCUUCAGCUUCCCGGGUGAUGCCGCCUCCUACAACAUCGACCAGCAGUGGAUGCUGGGGGAUGCACUCAUGGUGGCCCCCAUCAUGACCCAGGGCACCAGCACCACCUCUGCAUACUUUCCCUCCGGCGUUUGGUACAACCUCUACGACCACACAACCAUCACUGGAGGCCGCAGCCAGACCGUCAUGGCUAAUCUGACUGACAACACACCCGUCUUCAUCCUUGGCGGCAACAUCAUCCCAGUGGGUCCAAAUGGCUCUGUGACGACCACCGCUGCGCGUGCCGGCAACAUCACGCUUGUAGCCGCCAUGCCAGCUGCCAACUCCCCAUGGUUUGAUCGCUGCGGUCAGGAAUGCGCCGGCAAGAGCCAGCCGGGCAACUUGGUGGCCUGUGGGCACAUGUACCUGGACCAGGGUGAGGAGCUGAGCGUGGGGACAUCCCUGAACAACUACCUCAGCUUUGAGGUCCGGCUCACUGGCAGCACAUCUGUGGGCCUCCAGGGAAACAUGGCUCUGAACUGGCCGGGAGCACCUGGAGGCGGCCAGGGCUCUGGCUGCACUGCUAAUGUCACAUGGCCCAUGCUGACCGCCAUUACCAUCCUGGGCAGCGGGCCGGUGAAUACUGCUUCUGUGUCCGUUACGGAGGUUGGGAACCAGUUCAGCGCAGACUCAGCCUUUGCUGCGACCGGCAUGGUGCAGGCCCAGUCUACCGCACCACCUGUCACGGCAGCUGACGGCAGUGGCAGCAUUGUCUCCUACGGCCUGCCCAUGCCCAAAGGAAAUGUGGCGUACAACUCAGUCACCAACAAGCUGAGCAUCACCGUCCUGGACUAUCAGCUGCGGUGCCCCAACGGCCUGAAGGUCACCUGGUCAUCCCCUGUGGUGGCACAGCCCAAUGAUGCCGCCGGAUAAGAG